CGGUGUUUGUGCGCGACUUUAAAGCUCAGCAGCUCAAAGAAGUUGAAGUCGAAAGUGGAAACGGUGCAAGAUGGGAAAGGAAGAAAGCGCGGGCGCGUGUUAUUUCUAAGGACGCGCGGUGCGCAUUGUACUCUGCUGAACAGGAGCAGAAAUGGCAGCACUUGUUGGUUCUUUGGUCAUUUUCACACAACUUUUGCUUCAUUUCAAGCUAACGUGCUGCAUGGAGAUAGAUUUCUGCACACCUGUCCGCGUUGAUCAUCAAAAGCAUGAAAACCAUCUGCUCCGGCGCGUGGAACAGAUGAUUGAAAAACACGUCGUUUUCAGAAUAAGUGCAUUCAAACAGGAAUUUUACCUCAACCUCGCGCCGGACUCCAGCUUCUUUGCACCUGGCAGCUUGUCGCCUGAGGGCGAACCAACGGCAUCCAGCGGCUCUGCUGACCUCAGUAAAUGCUUCUACUCCGGGGAUGUCAACGCAGACCCGAACUCAUUCGUGGCGCUUAGCCUGUGCAAAGGUCUGCAGGGAGGGUUUUCCUACAGCGGCAAGGACUACUUCCUCAGUCGCACCGGGACUGGAGACGAUCCAACUGCGCAUGGAAGUGUGAACUUUUUGGACAAAACACACAUGAUCCGCCGCCGCUCAAGCGCGAAGCAUCCAGGAGGCAGCUUCACCAGCAGGUGCGGAGUCACACCCGACACCAACUUCACUGUUUCCCUGGAAAAAUACAAAUACCUGGAGAUUGAUGACUUAACCGAAUCCGUCUGGAAAUCACUGGGGAGGUCCAAAAGGUUCGCCUCCAUCCCCAGGUUUGUGGAGGUGUUGGUGGUGGCAGAUGAAUCUAUGGCCACAUUUCACGGAGAGGACCUGAAGCAUUACCUCCUGACCCUGAUGUCUGUCGCAGCCAGGCUUUACAAGCACCCCAGCAUCAUCAACUCUAUAAACAUAGUGGUGGUGGGCUUCAUGGUGAUAAAUGAAGCUGACAAGGGACCAAAGGUCUCCAGCAAUGCUGCCUUGACUCUGCGCAACUUCUGCUCCUGGCAGAAGAAGUUAAAUAAACACAGUGACAAGCACCCUGAAUACUGGGACACGGCUAUUCUGUUCACCAAGCAGGAUCUUUGCGGGGCCACAACCUGUGAUACUCUGGGGAUGGCCGACGUUGGGACCAUGUGUGACCCGAAGAGAAGCUGUUCUGUUAUUGAGGACGAUGGAUUACCCUCGGCUUUCACAACUGCCCACGAGCUUGGCCACGUCUUCAACAUGCCCCAUGACAAUGUCAAGGCAUGUGAGGAGGUGUUUGGGAAACUAAAGGACAACCACAUGAUGUCUCCCACGCUGAUCCAGAUAGACCGGAGCCGACCUUGGUCUGUGUGCAGCGCAGCCAUCAUUACUGAGUUCCUGGACAGAGGUCAUGGAGACUGUCUCUUGGACCAGCCUCAAACGCAACUGUCUCUCCAUGACAGCCUACCCGGCUCCAGCUACAGCCUGCCCCGUCAGUGUGAGCUCGCUUUCGGGCCUGGCUCCAAGCCCUGCCCGUACAUGCAGCCCUGCUCAAAGCUGUGGUGCACCGGGAAGGCCCGUGGACAGCUGGUCUGUCAAACCCGUCACUUCCCCUGGGCAGACGGCACGAGCUGUGCCAAUGGAAAGGUCUGCUACAGAGGUUCCUGUGUAGAGAAGAACACCACGGUGCACAUCAAGGUGGACGGACGGUGGGGGAAGUGGGGUGCAUUUGGAGACUGUUCCCGAAGUUGUGGUGGGGGCGUUCAGCUGUCCAUGAGAGAGUGCAACAACCCCGUCCCUGAAAAUGGAGGGAAAUACUGCUAUGGCCUUCGCAUCAAAUACCGCUCUUGUAACCUCAGCCCUUGUCCUGAAACAGGUAAGAGUUUCCGUGAAGAGCAGUGUGAAGCCUUCAAUGGUUUGAACCUGAACACCAACAGGCUGGGCUCCACGGUGGUGUGGGUUCCCAAAUAUUCAGGCAUCUCCCCCAAGGAUAAAUGCAAGCUCAUCUGCCGGGCCAAUGGGACUGGAUACUUCUAUGUUCUUGCUCCAAAAGUUGUGGAUGGGACGCCUUGUUCCCCCGACACCUCCGCGGUGUGUGUUCAGGGAAUAUGCAUCAAGGCCGGCUGCGAUGGGAAGCUGGCUUCUAAGAAGAAGUUUGACAAGUGUGGUAUGUGUGGUGGAGACAACCAGGGCUGCAAGAAAGUCUCAGGAAUGUUCACAAAGCCAGCCCACGGCUACAACUUUGUGGUGACACUGCCAGUUGGAGCCUCCAACGUUGACAUCCGUCAACGGGGCUACCGAGGAAUGGUCAGUGAUGAAAACUACCUUGCUGUGAAGAAUCGCCACGGAAAGUACCUGCUGAACGGCAACUACGUGGUGUCAGCUGUGGAGCGUGACCUGCUGGUUAAAGGCAGUCUGCUGCGCUACAGCGGCACUUCCACGUCUGUGGAGAUACUUCAGGCCACCAGACCCCUGCAGGAGCCCCUGACUGUGGAGGUGCUCUCUGUGGGGAAAAUGACUCCUCCAAGGGUGCGCUACUCCUUCUACACAUCAAAGGAGAGCAAACAAGAGAAGACUCUUCGGAAAGAGGAAAAAAGCCAUAAAACACUAAACAGCGUCCUGUCUGAUAGCAACAAAAUAGAAACUAAGACGGAGGUGAUGGGUAAGAGGCCCAUUAGUCACUGGGUAACAGGAGUAUGGAGCUCAUGCCCAGUGACUUGUGGGAAUGGUCUGCAGAGGAGGCUGGUGCAGUGCCAGAGCGUAGAGGGCCGUCCUGCAGCAGACUGUGACCUCGCCAACAGGCCUGUGGCGGUUAGAGCUUGUGGGGAUCCAUGUCCCGUAUGGAAUGUUGGAACCUGGUCUCAGUGCUCCAAGUCAUGUGGACGGGGCUUUAAAAGGCGGCCAGUGCACUGCAUGACGGACAAUGGUCUCCAUUUGCCCAGAGAUCACUGCGCUGGAAGGAGGAAGCCUCAAGAAUUGGACCUUUGCAACCUGGCACCAUGUUAGACCAGAACAAACUCAGGAGGAACCUAGCUCAAAUUGGCUGGGUCUGAAGGACCCCUACUACACCACGGUCUUAAAGACUUGGUUUACUCAAGAGGAAAGAUUUAUCAGACUAUUUGAAGCUUGACUUGUGGUUAGUCUACCUCUUACAGAUCUUAGGACAUACCUGUGCAGAUACAAGAGCCUUUUUAAGAAAUGGGACACGUAACAUCACUACUUUGUCAAAGAUGAUUCAGAAUAAGUUCCAUGCGUCUUUAUUCAGACAUGAAGCAGACAAGACCAGACUGUCCAGGAGGUUAUAAUGAGACCUCCACAGUUUCAUUACUCUGUCUUUUAUCUUGUCCUUGUGGCCUGGUUCUGUGCAUUUAAAUGCAGUGUAAAUGAAACGAGGUACGUGUCUGAAACAGGAGUAACAGAACCACAUGUGCAUAACUUGUAAGUGAAAUUGCAUAGGGUCAGAUAGAUAUGGAAGAAAACAGAAGUUUGUGAGGUUAAACCUCAAAAGUCAUCUGUGAUUUUCCUCAUUUUACUGAGGAACUGAUGAAAAUGUGAAACACAGUACUGUAUCUAUCACAUUCAAGGCCAAAUUGGUCCAUACAGUCUCUGAAUUUUUAUUCUCUUUAACUUACCUUGUCUCUGCAACUGUUGGUCGAUGUAGAAAAAACUUGCACUCGGUGGCGAAAUCAGUCAUAUGAGCUUUAUAGUCAUCAAAAUGAAAAUGUGGAAAAUGUGUGGACUCAGUACAAUUAUAUUGACUUCAAAGAAUUCCUGAAUUUAAUACCAAAAGAUAAAAAAGUAAAAGACGUAUUUCGUUCCAGUAAUGUAUUGUGCAUGGAGAAACUCAGAGUUCAGCAAACACGGUGAUGCCCAAAGGCUUGGGUUUCUUUGUUUAGAGAACUGAAGUCAAUCAGGAAUCCGUCCAAAAAACAGUUGAUGCUGACCCAGAAGUGGACCUGGGUCUCCUUCCUCCUAGGAUGGUUCUUGUGGUCAAAACAUGGCCUAACCCAACUUCUUAGACCCCUGCCUGAGAAUUUAAAUCUAGAGAUAUUCAUAACACAGCAUCAGGAGGAUGGAAGACUUGAGCAAGACUGCGUCAUCAAAAAGCAGCAUGAGGUACCCAAGUAAGGAAAUAAUUGUUUUUAGAUACAAAGCUUUUUGGUUGUGAAUCUUGUUGGAAAGACUUUAUUUCCUUUCAUGUGUGACAUCUGUGAGAAAAAUCCACGUGUGGGAUGAGCAGCGAGCCAAGUAAGGUUGUAUCCAUGAAAAACUGUUCCGAUCUGCUUCAGGCUUCCGUCAUCAAAUCCAGUUAAUGACACCAAACAAGCGUUAAGAGCAACUGUUUGACCUUGGCAGAGGAGAUUUAGCAAGUUUUAACCAACAAACUAAACUCUGCUGCUAAUCCCACAAAUGCUUUUUUCUUACAAAUGUCUCAGCAUUUAAAAAUAAACAAAACAGACUUUGUCCAGCAAUAGAUUCAUUGUUACAAUAAAGAAAUGAUCCACCAAACUCAUUAUCUGACUUUCUGUAGUUUAUAAUACUACAAGGAGAUACUACGGAAACUGGAUAUUACAGUCAAGGAGCCUAAAACAAUACUCAGAAAACUGACCAACCAUCCAACUCUGUAAGAAAUGAAAUCAUUAACAACACUUUCAAAUUAAUCUUUAAAGACACUCCUAAUCAUUGCAAUGAAACUGAAAGUGGUGUGAGAAGUGAAACCAGUGGCUCUGGGCCUGGUGACUGCUGGCUUGUAUCCUCCCUCAUGCUCCUCCUGUGAUUGCUUUUACUUUAUUCCAGCACAUCGUGGAAGCUGCUCAGUAGUUAGCAGCUUAAUCACCUCAUGCCCAUAAGAAGACGUUGGACAUACAUAUCUGUUUUUUUUUUCUUGUUUUAUUUAGUUUGAUUUGAUCUUUGUUGUUUAUGUCAAAUGUCUUUGUGGUUUAAUGGUUCUCUGGUCUUCUCCCUGCAGUAUGUAAUAUGUUUACAUACCCGGAUAAACUAAGAGCUCACUACUAACAAGUACUGUAGUCCCAUUAAAUGGCCGUCUUAAGUGUUGAACCUUAUCUGGCUGAACUGUGUGCAAAUUAUAGACUGUAUAUAAAAGAUGGGCAGAGCCUCUGUGACAUCACUUAUAAGUUUCUGAAGAGCAAAAGUGAAGCUCAUUGGGUGGCUCCCGCCGUUGCCAUCUUGGCAGCAUCAUGCGUGUCGUCAUUCCCAGAAAAUCCAAAAAUGGGCAAAGAGGUGGAGCUGAGAAGC